GUGUUCCCUGUGUGCGCGCAGGGCCCGGGGAUCGUUCCCAGCUGUUUGUCACUCAGUCUGUUCCUGCACCAGCUGCUGCUGCUCCUCGCUCUCUACGAUGGGGGUGCGGCCUGCAGUCACUUACACAAUCGGCAUUUUCUGCAUUAUUCUCUUAAUAGCGAGCAUUGCACUCCUAGUUACUAACGUCUUCGUUGAUAUUGUCGAUAAGUAUGUUAAAAAGGAAGUGCAACUGAAGAAUGAUACGGUUGCCUUUGAGACUUGGAAAAAUCCCCCUCCACCAAUUUACAUGCAGUUUUACUUCUUUAAUGUUACAAAUCCGGAAGAGAUACUAAAUGGGGGAAAGCCCUUUCUUGAAGAAAAAGGCCCCUACACUUACAGAGAAUAUAAACCGAAAGAAAAUGUGACUUUUCUGGAUGAUGGACAGAAGGUAUCUGCUAUCACCACGAAGACCUAUGUGUUUGUUCCUGAGUUAAGUAAUGGAGAUCCUGAGACGGACCUGAUUAGGACUGUGAAUAUUCCAGUUGUGACUGUAAUGAAUAUGGUAAGGUAUUCCAGUCUCCGGAUUUUACUGUUAAAUGGUCUGUUGAUUGCCGAAAGGGCUGGCAUUUUUACAACAAGAACAGUACACGAGCUCCUUUGGGGUUACAAAGAUCCAGUACUUUCAGCCAUCCACUUCCUCAAAAGGGACAUUGAUGAUGAAUUUGGACUCUAUUAUAAGAUGAACGGGACAGAUGAUGGUGAAUAUGUUUUUCUCACUGGGCAAAAAAGUUAUAAAAAUUUUACUACCAUUGUUGAAUGGAGAGGUAACAAGUCAUUGGACUGGUGGACAACAGGUGCGUGCAAUAUGAUCAAUGGGACUGAUGGAACGUCUUUCCACCCAUUGAUAACCAAAAAUGAAACGCUGCGCUUCUUUUCUUCAGACCUUUGCCGGUCUCUCUAUGCCAAUUUUGAGCAGGAGCUUAGUGUCAAAGGGAUACCAGCUAUGCGAUUUGUGCCACCAAAUGAGGUUUUUGCCAAUGUUACAGUCAACCCAGAAAAUGCAGGUUUCUGUGUUCCAUCUGGAAACUGCCUGGGAUCAGGUGUAUUGAACAUCAGCACUUGCAAGCAAGGGGCCCCUAUCAUUCUUUCAUCUCCACACUUCUACCAGGCAGAUAAAAAAUUUAUCGAUGAUAUUGAAGGAAUGCAUCCAAACAAGGCGAAUCAUGAAACCUUUCUGGACAUAAAUCCUCUUACAGGACUCCUCGUGAGGGCAGCAAAGCGAGUUCAGGUCAAUGUUUACAUUGAACCAAUAGCAGGAUUUAUUGAGAUUGAUAAAGUCAAAACACUUGUAUUUCCUGUGAUGUACCUCAACGAGAGUGUUUUGAUUGACAAUGUAUCAGCUGCUAAGUUGAACGCAAUGCUCCUGCAGUCUGAAGUAAUAACUGUGAUUCCAUUUAUGAUAAUGGGUCUGGGGAUUCUCUUUGGUUUGAUCUUCAUCAUUCUUGUGUGCACUAGUCGCAAUGAGGUUAAUGAGGCAUCCGAGGCAGAAAAGACACCCCUUUUGAAAUCGUCUUGAAACUUCAUGCCAGUAUUUCUGCAGCCUCGUUGAGUGAAACUAUGCAAAGGAUACAUGUUUGUUUUCUUCCCCAUUUUUUGGAAUUACCAUCGGUCUCAAAGUCUCACAGAGCACUGUCUGUUACCUUUAAUUUUAAAGUCUACUGACGUGAAUAACAGCUGAAAAUGUGUUGCUGGAAAAGCGCAGCAGGUCAGGCAGCAUCCAAGGAACAGGAGAAGGGCUU